AUGAAUAACCAAGAUAACUCGGAGUUUCGUCCAUUGGGAAUUCUUCACAAUUCUCGCGUGCAGAUUCUCAUUGCCGGAGAAGUGGAUAGAUCACAGGAGAACUUUAUCAACGCGGUUUUCAAUACAAAAAGAGCAGGAGAAGAGGUUUCCGAAGCCGUGAAUCAGUUAUCAGCUGCAGCAUUUUGUUUGAAAAAAGGAGCGGCUCUAUCGGAAAGGAAUCGACUAAUUUGCAAGGACAGAACCGAUCAUGUGAAUAAUCAGAUUAACACUUUGAUUUAUUCGACAGGAAGCGUAAUGAAUCCUGUGGAUUAUCCAAUUGAUCAGAUGACUGAAUGCCACGAAGUAGCCAAGAAAAUCAAUGCAGCUGCUACAAAACUGAGAAACUCUCUUUCCAAGUUUGAAGCAUCUUUGAACGAAAAUCCGAUUGGUGACGCUCCAAAUUUAUUCAAGAAAGUCAAAUUGAACCAAAAGAGUUUAUACUCGAUCGUGAGCUCAUUUCCAGCUCUUUACAAGAAAAAUCACAAGAUGGAGGCUAUAGAAAAAAGUGUUCAAAAUAUGGCGAACUGCUGA